AUGACCACCCCCGAAGACACGCCCGUUGGCCGCCGCCUGCGUACGGUCAAAAACAUCAUCAUCGUCUGCUCCGGUAAAGGCGGAGUGGGCAAGUCCUCAGUCUCGACUCAGCUCGCCCUCACCCUGCGCGCAUCCUCUCCGACGGCACGGGUUGGGAUCCUGGACGUCGAUCUGACGGGGCCGUCUAUCCCGCGGAUGCUCGGCGUCGACGGGCACCCGGUGCACCAGAGCAGCGACGGGUGGGUGCCGGUGUACGCGGACGGGAGCGAGGGGCGGCUGGGGUGCAUGAGCGUCGGCUUCCUGCUGAAGCGCAAGGAGGACUCGGUCGUCUGGCGCGGGCCCAAGAAGAACGCGAUGAUCCGGCAGUUCCUGAGCGACGUCCGGUGGGGGGAGCUCGACUACCUCGUCAUCGACACGCCGCCUGGCACGUCGGACGAGCACCUGUCGCUGGUGGAGCACAUGGCUCCGGUGCGAGACCGGGUGUGCGCGGUGGUGGUGACGACGCCGCAGGCGGUCGCGCUGCUGGACGCGAUGAAGUGCGUGUCGUUCACGCGGGCGACGGCGCUGCCGGUGCUCGGGCUGAUCGAGAACAUGAGCGGGUACGUGUGCCCGUGCUGCGGGGAGGUCUCGAACGUGUUCUCCACCGGGGGCGGGGAGGAGCUGGCGCGGCGGGAGGGGCUGGCGUUCCUGGGGAGCCUGCCGAUCGACACGGAGCUCGUCGGGCUGCUGGACGGGGCGGAGGGGGAGCGGCCUGGGGAGGACGGGGCGGCGCUGGCGGAGGGGGGGAGCAGGCGGUCGUUCGAGCUCCUGGCGCGGUACGAGAAGACGGGGACCGCGCCGCUGUUCACGAAGAUUGUCGACAAGGUUCUGGGGCGGCUGGCAGGGGACGGGCAGCCUGCAGGCUCUCUUGACAGGCCGUGA